UGGACUUUCCAGUGCCUGGUGUGAUUUCCCUCCUUCACCUGUUGAAAGGGAGGGUUCCUCUGGGCUUGCUGCUCCUCAUGAAACCUUGAACCGCGAGACGUUUGGCCAACCAGGAUCUGAACCAAUGAUGCUCGGUUCACCUGCCUCUCCAAAGCCAGGGGUCAACGCCCAGUUUUUACCUGGAUUUUUAAUGGGGGAUUUGCCAGCUCCAGUGACUCCGCAGUCUCGGUCAAUCAGUGGUCCGUCAGUAGGAGUGAUGGAAAUGAGAUCACCUUUACUGGCAGGUGGAUCACCACCGCAGCCAGUUGUCCCAGCUCACAAAGAUAAAAGUGGAGCUCCACCAGUUAGAAGUAUAUACGAUGACAUUUCCAGCCCAGGACUUGGGUCAGCACCUUUAACUUCAAGACGACAGGCAAACAUUUCAGUAAUGCAGAGUCCUCUUGUUGGGGUUGCCACAAGUACUCCUGGAACAGGUCAAGCUAUGUUUAGUCCAGCGAAUAUUGGCCAGCCACGAAAGACUACAUUAUCUCCUGCCCAGCUGGAUCCCUUUUAUACUCAAGGAGAUUCUUUGACAUCAGAAGAUCACCUCGAUGACACUUGGGUGACUGUGUUUGGGUUUCCUCAAGCAUCUGCUUCCUACAUACUAUUGCAAUUUGCACAAUACGGGAAUAUAUUAAAACAUGUGAUGUCUAAUACAGGAAAUUGGAUGCAUAUUCGUUAUCAGUCUAAACUACAAGCUCGAAAAGCCUUAAGUAAAGAUGGGAGGAUUUUUGGAGAGUCCAUCAUGAUCGGUGUAAAACCAUGUAUAGAUAAAAGUGUAAUGGAAAACAGUGAAAGAUAUGCUUUAUCAUCUUCAUCUCUAGCCUUUACACCACCAAUCAAAACCUUAGGUACACCAACGCAAAUUGGAAGUACUCCUAGGAUUUCUACCAUGAGACCUCUUACUACAGCGUAUAAAGCUUCUACUAGUGACUAUCAGGUUGUUUCUGACAGACAAACGCCAAAAAAAGAUGAAAGUCUUGUAUCCAAAGCAAUGGAGUAUAUGUUCGGCUGGUAGUACAGUGAAAGCUAAGCUCAGCUUUAUAAGAAGAAGGCUGCUACACACUACACUAAAGCAGCAGCAUACUGCCAGUUUCUCUCGGUUAGUUAUAUAACCACUCUGGUCAAUGUUGGGAUGUGAUCUCAUACUUGUUUUAGAAGCUAAAGGGAAUAGCAUAUCUGUAGCUGGCACUUUAAAAGAUGCUUGAGAUAUGUUUUUAAGAAACUGAAGAUCUCUGUAAAUAGUAUUUUGUGCUUUCUGUGAUAGUGCAUGCGUAAGCACAGCAAGUCAGCAUUGAUUACUGUAAAUUACACGAUUGCAUCUUUCCUGAGGCUUCUCGGUCUCCAUGAGAACUGGCGAUGAAUUUCAUGAAGUGGAACUGCACAGCUGCUUCUACCAAGACACAACAUUGCAAUUAGCAGUUUGAAUUAUGGACUUUUAAUAGCAUUUAAUAUUUUCAUUAUCUGUGCUUAUAUGUGUCCUUUCUAUUGUGAAUUGUCAUCUUUUAGUGUUUGAAAAUGGAAACAGUCUUUUUAAAAUUUCACUAAAGUACUCAAGUUUCUUGAUAAUAAACUUUGUUAAUUUUAUGCACUGAACAUUUUUGAAAGAGUGAUUUAUUGUUUCUCUGAAAAGUUAGUUUUUUCCCCAUGUUUUCAUGCUUUUGUUCUCUGUAUUUUAAAUUGUUGGCAUCUAGAGCUUGAUCAGAUUCAGGUUUGACUGUAUUGACAAGACUAGGUGUUCUUCCACCAAGGAUCCAUGAUGUAAUUGGGGCUGCAAAAGGGUGCUCUUUGAAUUUCAUUAUUUUCUAUUUCAGGGUUUUUUUUUUAAUAAAAAGACACGUCCUCUUCUGUAGUAUAUAUGUAGCUAAAAGUAUAAUUCAGAAAAAGCAGAGUAUGUAUUUAAUGACCAGUUUUCAAGAUAAAGGAUUCAUUUUCAUUCUCUGAAGGUGACUUCUGAAUGAAUUGUGUUUAAUUAUGAACUCUUAGAAUUUAGAUGGUUUCAGUUUAUUGUAAUGAUUAAUCACUGAUGCUCAAAUCUUCAAUCAUUGGCUCCCAGGUCCUUUUGGUCUUUGAUCAUUUCUUUAACAUUUUCUAUGAUAAGAUAAUUUAGGGUCAUCUUAUAUUUUCUGUCCUAUAACAGAGCAUCCAUUUCUUUUCUUUCUCAAGCUUUGCCCCUUUUGGGGGAAAAUAGCUUUUCAGUAAUGUCUUUUGGGUGCUUGGAGUUCCUGAGUUGUUACAUGUUAUGUAUUUUAUGAGUUCAGACUAUUUGAUCUAAAUUCAUUAAUGUUUAUUUUAUUUUCAAAUAACAUUGUCUUCAUUAUUAUAUUCUUAUCUCCUAGAAUUUUGUUUUUUAAAGAGAAAAAAUGUCAUUAUAAGCAUUUACUUUAUCUCUCAUACAUCAGUAUCAGAAUAGCGAUGCUAAACUGUUAGUUUGUAUAAUUUUGAUGAAUAAAUGCUUUCAACUGUUUUUCCUAUCUCCCCUACCUUGCAUUUUUUGUUAUAUAUUCACAUUGUCUGAGUGUUUUACCAUUAUUAAAAUACUAUCCCUUUUUACUUAAAAAA